AUGAUGUGUGUGUGCGUGUUCGUUCGAGAUCACUGUCUGACUUCAAGCGGUGACAAGGUGAAGAGCAGUGCUUCAUCAACCUCCGUGCGAACAGCAGAGAGAGGCAUGUGUACCUCCGCGCUAUGCCGUGACAGCAUUCCAAAUGCGGCUCACCUGCUGGCACUUCUCCUUUCCGAGGCUUCGCUCCUGGCAGCCCGGAGUUUGCCUGGCAUGUUUUCAGUUGCUGUUAGUUCUCGACCUGGACCAAUACUGACAUGGCCAAUGAAGCUGCUUAGCCUGGCACAAGGCCUGCACAUCGAGUUGUUUCCGAUGCCCUGGACCAAACCGCACAGGCAGGAGCCAUGA